GGCCGGGGCGGCGGCAUGACGCGCGUGGAGGGGGGGCGUGGCCGGGGCGGCAUGGCCGCGGGGCGCGGGGGGCGGUGCCCGGGGCAUGGCGGGGCCGCGCUGCGGGCGGCGGCGGCGGCCGGUGCCCGCGGGCUGGGGGCCGCCUGCCUGCGCCGCUGCCUGCCCCUCCGCCGCCUCGCCCGCCGCGCCGCCGCCGCCCUCAUGGCCCUCGCGGGCCCGCUGCUGUUCCGCGUGGGGUACAGCCUGUACGCCCGCACGCGGCUGGGCUAUCUCUUCUACCAGCGGCAGGUGAAGAAGGCCCGGGAGCGGUACCCCCAUGGCCACUCCGCACCCCAGCCCUGCUGCUUCCCCGGGAUGAAAAUCCUGCCCAUUCCCGUGCUCUCCAACAACUACAGCUACCUGGUCAUCGACACUGGCUCUGGCCAGGCGGCCGUCAUCGACCCCUCCGACCCACUGGCCGUGCAGACUGCCAUUGAAGAAGAGGGGGUGAUGCUGGACGCCAUAUUCUGCACCCACAAACACUGGGACCACAGCGGGGGGAAUGCGGCGCUGCGCCAGCGGUACGGCUCCUGCAAGGUGUACGGCAGCACUCUUGAUGCCAUCCCAGAGCUCACCAACCCGCUUGCGGACAGGGAGAAGGUGAGGGUGGGCUGCCUGACCUUCGAGGCGCUCGCCACGCCUGGCCACACCGUGGGCCAUAUGGUGUACGUGCUGGACGGGGGGCCCUUCGGCGGCCCCCCCUGCCUCUUCUCUGGGGACCUCCUCUUCCUCGCUGGCUGCGGCAGGCUGUUUGAGGGCUCCCCUGAGACCAUGCUCGCCUCCCUGGACGUGGCCGUGGGCUUGGGCGAGGACACGCUGCUGUGGCCAGGCCACGAAUACGCGCUGGAGUGCCUGACCUUCGCCAGCCUUCUGGAACUGGACAACCCUGCGCUGGAGCAGAAGCUGCAGUGGGUGACGCAGCAGCGCCAGGAGAAGAGGAGCACGUGCCCUUCCACGCUGGGGGAGGAACAGACCUACAACCCCUUCCUGCGGACCCACCGGCCGGAGCUGCAGGCAGCGCUGGGGCUGCGGCGGGGCGGGGGGGAGCACCCCGACGCCUUCCGUGCCCGCGUCCUCAAGGAGGUGCGCAGGCGCAAGGACCUCUACAAAGCCACCUAGACCCCCCCCCCCCCCUUCCUGGACACCCCCCUUCCAUGGGGCCGGAUGCUGCUUGGGCACGGGGGGCCCAAGACUGUGUGGUUUGUAUUGCUGUGAAUCUCCCUCCUGGGGUGCAGGGUUGCGGGGGGGGCGGGGGAAGAGUGGACCCCCCCCCACCAUGUGGGCAUCCCAUAAGUGAUCCCUGCCUUUGCUCCCCCAGACUUGGGGGUCACCAGCUCUCAUGUAGAAGCACCUCGAUCCCCUUUCUGGGGGUCUGUAGCCCCCCACCCCACUGCUGGGGCUGUAGGGAGGGCACCAAGGGCUUUUCCUAACACACACACACACACCCCGUUUUUCUGGGAGCCCUCACUUCCCCCCCACCCCCUCAGCACUCAGGGAGCCCCCCUGCUCCUGGCAGCCCCUAGUGCUGUGAAUCUCCUUUGGGGGGCGACGACACUGGGCUGGGCUGGAGCCAGCAAGGGGUGGGGGGUACCCAGUACUACCUCCAGACAAGAGGUUCUUCUCCAACACCCCAUGCUCGGUGCCGCAGCCCCCCCACCCCACACGUGCGCGCGCACACACACACACUGGGAUGGGGCCACGGGGGCACACGUGUGGGAGGGUGCUGCUGCUGCUGCACAGGGGACUGGAGCUCGUC